CAAGCAUUUUUCAACAUUGGAUUUGUAUGUUGAUAUGGGAAUUAAGCCACAUACAUCCAUGUUGGAUGGUGAAGAAGAAAGACAAGUGCCUUACAUCUUGCAAUUCGAAAGAGUAAGAAGGCAAAAUGACAUUCCUCAUUUGAAAGCCAAGAAGUGCAAAAUGAAGAAAUUAACGUUUGGCUUGUUCAUCUACUUACCACCCCCCAUCGCUCGUGGUCACAAACUUGAUUCCAAGUUAGGUGCCCAAUUCAUAAGCUCCAAAUGGCGAGAAAAGCGGUAAAGUUGGUAUCCGUCGUGCCGCGACGUUAACUUAAGCGCUUGGUGGGAGGCAACCCAUCGUUUUUAAAUUUUUUUUUUUUUUUUUUUUUAUCAUUUUUGAAAUUUGAUUUUUUAAAAUUGUUUAGUUUAUGAUUUGUGACUAAUCUGCAAAAUUUCACAAUUUGAAUAGGUUGAGUUUUCAGAAUAGCCACAAAUCAGUAGUUGCUGGUUUCUGCUUAUUUUCUGAACUGCUGGUUGUUUGCCGAAUUUUACUCUAGGCGAUCGCGCCACAAAAUCACGCGAUCGCGGCACAAAAAAAAAAAAAAAAAAAAAAAAAAAAAAAAAAGGACGUUACCCAUCGCGAUCGCGCCAUAAAGUCACGCGAUCGCGAGGAAGCCCGAUUCCAGGUAACUAAACAGAUAAAAGAAGGCAAAACGGCUCAAAACACUAAUUCCUCCACUUUUCCUCCAAAAUCUUACUUUUCUCUCAAACUCAACUUCAAAAUUCCGGUAAAUUUCAUCAACUUGCAACCACAAGGUACUUAAAUUCACAAAAAUGGCUUCAUCAUCCAGUGCUGCCCAAGUACCAUUGAUUGAAUAUUAUGACACCACCACCUUCCAGUCAGCAAAAUGUUCAAAGCUCUAUGAUAGACUGCUGGGAAAGAGCUUCAUUGAAGAGAGGGGCUUUGUAACAGAGAGUUUGGAAGAAAAGAUGCCCGAGUUCUAUGGAAGGUUGGUGACAAGCGGCUGGAUACGCUUUGCAGAUGAACCAAUCAGGGCAAAUCAUACCCUGGUACGGGAAUUCUACGCAAAUGCUGCAGAGGCAGACAUUACACAUAGGGCAAUUGUCAAGGUCAGAGGUGUAAAUGUUCUGUGCAAUGCCUCAAGAAUCAAUGCCUAUUAUAAUCUGCAGGAUGGUGACAACAGCGAGAUGGCACAGAUGUACGAAAACCUGCGGCAACAAUGGUUUGUGACCCACCUUCACGGUGGGGAACAACCAAAGUGGCUCAAUACAAUGCAGAAAAGGAUUGACUCUGCAGAGUUCACCGCUGAAGCCAAAACUUGGCUUGAUAUUGUCACAUCCAGGGUGCUGCCUUCAAAACAUGAUUCAGAGGUGCCGCUUGAGAGGGCUAAAGUAAUUUGUGCUGUGAUGGAAGGAUUGCCUGUUGACGUGGGGAGGCUCAUUAUGCAGGAAAUCCGGGAGGUGGUGCUUGAACGGACCAAGAGCUUAUUCUUCCCAUCACUAAUCACUUACUUGUGCUCCACUGAUGGAGUGCCCACAAGACCAGGCGACAGAGAAAAAGGGCCUGGUGGACCGAUUUAUCCGUUGAAAAAGAGAGGGCCUGGUAAUGUACAAAAGAAAAGGAAGAUUAAUAUAGAUGCAUCAUCAUUUGAGCAGUUCACAGCUACUGCAUCAGAUUCUAUGGGUGGGGCAUCUGCCCCUUCCAUGGCUAUACCAAUCUUGCCACCAUUACAAGAAGCCGCCAGGCCUUUCCAAUAUAUCUCCACCCAGGUCCAUGGGGUGGACAAUCGGAUCCAGCAGCUAGUAGCUAGUCUCCCUGCGGGCCCACAUGGCGAAGGCACAUCUACAGCUCCCUCAGUUCCUAUUGGUCCGACAUUAGCAGGUGUGGUGGAGGACAUGAAGCAUAUCAAAGAAAAGCAAGGAAAAAUUGAGAGGAGGCAGAAAAAGGCGAGGGAGCAUGCGAAGAAGCAAAGCAAAUUCCUGAACAAAAUGAUGAGCAUUCUGAGGAGUGUAUGCGGAGCGCAGCACGACGAGGAGGAAAAUGAGGACGAUUUUGUCCUGCCAGAGCCCAGCAGCUCCAGUUCAGAGAGUGAGCAGAGAUGAUCAUAGCACGCAGUGCUAGCAGGUAUAAAAAAAAAAAAAAAAAAAAAAAAAAAAAAAAGUUUUUUUUGUGUGUUGAUGUACUGCAGUGAGGACACUGCAAGUUUUUUGGUUAGGGGUAGGAACCUCCUCGGUUUUUCUUUGCCAGAAUUCUUUUCCCGAGGGGAGUUUAUUUUGUUGAAACUGGCAUGUUUAGGAUGUUACUUAGGUUGAAUAGAAUAAUUUUGUUUUAUUUGGUACGACUUGAUAACUAAUGGCAUGUAUUGUGUUUGUGCAAAUUGUUGGACCCCUCGAAAAUUUUUUUUUUGAAAAAUGCAUACUUAGAACAGUUAUUGUCUGACAUGAUUGAUUCUUUAUAUGACAUUGUGAUUAUUGGGGUGUUGUGUGUGAUGAAUUACUACUUAGGAGGUCACAAGUGUGAAAAUUAUUGUCCUUAUGCCGAUGUGUGUGUGAAGUGUUAGUUUGAUUCUGUUUAUGCAUGUAUAAUCUAGAACUUGCCCGGUUGGUCUUGUUUGAAAUGCGAAAGUGAGUUUGGUUGUGAAAUGAUCUUAGGCUUUCUUUGUGUAAAUAAGUCACUGUGCCUAAAUAAGCCUCUCCAAAAGCUGAAAAUACCCCUAGUUUCCCUUUUUGAGCCUUUUUGACCUUUUUCUUGGCUAGCUAAUUAUGAAACCUUACCCUUUGUGAAAUUAAUCCAUCUUCACACCCGUUCCCUCCUUGAUGCUAUUAAUUAGAUGAGGCAAAAUGUCUAAGUUGGAGGUGAAGUAAAUGUGAAGUACAUGUUCAAAACAUAAGUUGGGGGUGGUGGAGUUUGCUAGUGAAGAUUCGAUGUGGUAGUUGCGUAUAUACAAAAAAAAAAAAAAAAAAAAAAAAAAAAAAAAAAAAAAAAAAAAUCAGAAAACUGUAACGCAAAAAGAAUUCUAGGUUGGUUAGAAGUAAAACCACAUCGAGGUUGAAAACUGAAAGAAAAUAAAGGGGUGGAAAGAAAAGAGGCGAACUAAGGUGACAAGAUGUUGUAGUGUUCAAGGAGGGUGAGUCACUAAUAUCCAAAAAGUAUCCGACCCGUCCCUAAACCUACAUUACAAGCCGAAACAAGUCCUAAUGAGAUCACAACCGAACAAUCCUAGGAUGAGAACAUAGAAAAUAAGGGCAAGCCUAUGGUAUUUGCAUGUGUAAAUAUGAAUUUUCUUUGUGAGUGUGAGUGUUUUUCUCUUCUCUUUCGUCUUCGUCCCAUUCUUGUCGUAUAUAUGUGUGUUGGGACAUUUUUUUGGUCUAUGUGAGGGCAUAAGGAUGAAAAUUGAACAAAAUAGAGUGACCGCCUAAAGUAGCGUUUGUGUGCACAAUAAUAUGUUCGAUAAUAUGAUGUCAUUUAUUGAAGCUUCAUGGUUAGUUGUAGUGUUCUUGAGUUGUUUAUGUUGCUUUAAAACAGAAAUUGGGGUGGUCCUUGGAAGAAAAAAAUGCAUGCCGGUAGUUCAGAGUCAAAACCAAUAUAGACAUUGUUAUUUUAUGAUAUCUAGGUAUUAGAUUGAGUCGUGGUUUUGUAUCGCUUGCUUGAGGACAAGCAAAUACUUUAAGUUGGGGGUGUUGAUGUGGCGUGAAUUUACACCAUAAUCGAUGCUUUUUAACUAUAAGUUUUACUUGUUUUUGAGCAAGUCUGUGUUAUUUUACGUGGUUUUUGUCAUGUUUCAGGUUAUAUGAGGUCCCUAGAGCCUAAGUGUGGAAAACAAGCAAAAAAGUUGCAAAACUGGGGAUAACUGGAAGUUCUGGAAAAUUUCGCGGAAAAUUACUCUGCGCGAUCGCGCCGUGUACUCACGCGAUCGCGCCAUAGCACGAAAUUAAUUCCACGCGACCGCGCCGAGACUUCACGCGACCGCGCCCACGCGCUAUUUAAAUGACACGCGAUCGCGUCGACUCAAACCGCGAUCGCGAUUGAGGGACAGGGGACGCUGACGUCAUGAACGCGAUCGCGCUGUCUCGUGGCGCGAUCGCACUGAAGGAAUUAUGAGCGUUUUCGACCAGAACCUGGGAUUCGCCGAUUUCUUCCAUUCCAGUUCAUAUAAAUAGAAAACUAGGGCAAAUUUUCAGUUCAUCUUUGGCAGUUUUUCAUCAAGUUUGGAGACUAGUAUUUACAACACACUUUGGGGUUGAAGAUUUGAAGAUUUGGUUGAGUAUUUCUUAAGCCUUUAAUUCAUUUCUUCAAUUCCUUGCUUUGUAUUGUAUAUCUAAGUGUGUAGCUUUCUAUUCCAUAACUUGAAUCUCGUUUAUGUAAGUAUUCUUGAUUAAAGUUUGGUUUGAAA